UUCAGCAAUGCCAUAUCACAUCAAUUUUGGAUUUGUCCCUAACAAAGAAUUUCAUAUUUAAACGAAGUUUUGAAAUCUUUUUGAGAGUACGAAGUUCUUUUCCCAAAUCUCUGUAGAGUGACUUUGUUAUGCCAUUGCCCAGUCGUAUCCACACUCAUGUCGCACUCGACCAUCAAGAAGCCUGUCAACAUUGGUGGGUCUGUUCCCCUAUCGCUGAAAAUUGAAUGAGUGCCGCCGUGUAAUAAUUCAAUUGCCGCUAAUUGAGACGAGCUCGAAAAGUUCUCGGAUUUUCUCUUGGAGCCCAAAAAAGCAGAAUAUCAUGUUCUCGAGAAGCGAUGUUUGGUGCCUGCUGUUGAUGCGACGGCAAUUUGCAUCAAGUUUCAUUACGGCAGGAACUCGAAUCUUUAGCUGUUGCUGCCUGGGCAGGCACAAAAGAUACAUAACGACUGUGGAGAGAUAUGCGGCGUACUUGGGGCUCGUCACGUUGACGAUGACGACGGCGAUCGCUCAUGAACCCACCGAUGACCCAUUUCGAAGGCAGUGCAUUUGCAUUUGCACCUUGACGCCGAGAGGCCAUUGGAAUCUAUCAAAUUGGUGGAAAAGACCGGUGUUCAUUGAUUUCACAUAAAUCGUUUCGACUUGCCAAUGAGACAUGUGAUCUUGCGAGGAGUACGUUUAGUUGUGGAACGUUUGUGCACCUUAUAAACUACUUAGAGAUCUCCUUCUGCAUCUUCAAAAUGAAUUCGAUGUUAGUUUAUGGCUUCAUAAGUGCGUUCUUAUUGAUGGCACACUUUAGUCUGCUCUUCAUGGUGACAAAAUACUUCUUUGUGCCUAAUUUAGUGACGCUCAUUGAAUUUGCACCCAUGACAAUGUUUGGAUUCAGUUACAUGUUCUUUGGUGCAAUUUUUUUUGUACCCCACUUCAACAGUGUCAGCAAAGUGUGUUAUUCCCACAAAGGCAACAUGAGUCCUCUGCAGUUUUCAAACAUCGUGGGAGAUAUCAUGAAAUACUUUGUAAUGGGAGUUAUGGUCAUCUGUAUGCAAGGAUAUCGAGUUGAAGGAGUCACCCUCUGGUCGUGCAUGACAUUCAUUUUGGUCGGAAUGUACUAUUUGGUUGUCGUCACAAGGAAAUCAUACCAUCUUGAUUACAAGCAAACUGACAUGUAUUUGAUUACCUUCCGGGUGACGGUGUUCAUCUUUACUUUUGCGAUGGUCUUAUUGGUGAUCCUGGUCGUGUCGCACACUACAUUUCAACGAAAUGCCCCGAAGCAGAACCCAAGUUUAGACCACUUUUCGGAUAUGGAUAGCGGCGAUGAAAUCUUAGGCAAAUACCGGAAGCAAAGAGUGUUUUCAAAACGUGAGCUCUGGUUGAAGACGGUGAAUGGAUAUAGGAACAUGGCCGAUUCGCAUGUAAUAUAUAGGAUUGUAAUGGUGCCUAUGUAUUUUGUAAUAUCUAAUUUAAUUCCGGUUAUAUCAAAAGACCGCUACUUGAUGGGCUGGACUAAAUUUAUAAGCUGCCUCAGUCUAUUGGUGCUGCCCUUCAUUUGCCUUCUCAAUGGGGUUAAGGCUGUAGGCUGGGUCAUGAUGCUCGUGGUUUGCUGGACCCUCAGCAUCCUGACCUUCAUCUCCACCCACUCCUUGAGGCGACCCGAUAAUGUUUGGCUAUUUGCAUUUCAGGGCUUGAUCGCCAGCUCAUUUGCGAUGAACUUUCUCUGUCGAGAGAUUGAGAACCUCGCGUGGCAGUAUAUUAGCACCAAGUUCGAUCUAACGCCCGAUAUCACGGCCCUGAUGUACUUUGGAUUGGGUGAGACGUUCAGUGAGGCUAUAGUCAUCAGGUGCCUGCAGAUGAGAAAGAUGUGGGAUGCCACCUUCGGAGUCGUAAUGAGCAUGGUCACCUAUGCGGUCUUUUUCGCAUUUCCAACGCUCCACUACCAGGAUUGCUACAACCCCAGUUGCUCGGUAAUUACUACCUCUUCAACGGAGACUGGCAUUUAUUUCUUUUUCCUCAUCGUCACCACCAGUCUGCUUCACAUCUCAAUGAGUGGCUAUGAGUUUCGCAUGUCCCUGUUUUUUUACCUCUUGAUAUUGACGGUAAUUUACGUGACCCUCCAAUGGAGUAUUUCCUACGGAUGGAUUCUUUCCCUCGCCUCUCUUCGUCAUAUAAAAAAAAGAAAGCUUAAUUAAGUAUUUUUUUAU